AGCCAUUGCUCAAACCUGGCCGCUUCGGCACUGCCCUGUGAUUGUUGAACGGAUCGCCAUUUUGCGCAGACCAUGGCUUUCAACUUCCCGCAUUUCAUCCGUUGGAUUCUCUUGGUUGUCGUGAGUGCCGACGACGUGGAAACAGUCCUGGACGCUUGCGCAGCCGAUGGUGGAGACUGUGGGUUGAUGAUGAAGCAGCUGCGUGCUGCGAAGCGGGAUGUCCUGAUUGCCAAGGAUGAGAUCUCCUUCAACUCCACAGUGUCUACUCAAGGCAAUGAGACUGAAUUUCUGUCAUCGUCCGCUGACUCCAACAUCUCCACUUCUGGCUGUGACUGGUCUGGAAGGGACGAGUUCUGCAAAAACUGGGGUGCGUGCGUUUGUGGCAAGGAAGUGUCGGUCACUGACGUUGGUGCCUUGGUCAUCAGCUGUGUUGCAGCCCCUCAUCUUUGCGUUCCAGUAGCAGUGGAGUUGCUGAAAGACGCGGCUGGUACCAGUAUCGCCACAAACCUGGUCAAGCAGAUGCUCGAGGAAAAGAAAGAAGUGCCAUUGCCGGAUGGCACAAGUGCAAAAGCGCGGGUUCUCAGCGGCACUGGCUGCAGGCACUGCCCAUGCAAUCCCUGUCCUGUCGUUGGCACAUUUUGCCAUGACCAGCCGAACAAGCACCAACUCUGUGUGGCCUGGAGCAAGAAUCGCUGAGAAAGAGGAGACAUCCACGCUGUAGGACGCACCCAUCAUCUCAUCCUGCAGAACCUGCAGGAAGGCUGGGCGAGAAAUUGCAGAGAUGCACAAAGCUGUCUCUACAAUAACUCACCAUGUGCAAUCUUGGCAAAAUUGUUUUGGCUGCCAUGUUAAAACCCUGGAAGCCGCGACCAAGUAAAUUGGCUGAGGUCAUGAUGUACUUCCCGUCUGCCUGAAGCCCAGUGGGUUGACUAAGCCUUGUGGAUGGUACUUGAUCCUGGAGGUGGUAUUGUUCAGCAUUGGAGCACACAGAUGGAAGUCUGGCGAUUCAAUCGAGCCAUUCUCAGUUUGGUCGGCUUAGUCAAGCAGCUUUGAAUUGAGAGAGCUGGUCAUUUUCAAUAUGUGCGUGAACAUGUGAGCUCCUUCCCUGGAAACUGGAGCUGCGUCUUCACAUACCAGUUGCAGUUUCUAUGUCAUCAGGUUGGUUCACCCCCAAACGGAAAGAGCAUCUCAAAGUUGUAAGCGAAGGAUAUGUGGUAUGAGGAUGAUGACAUUGCUACAAUAUGAGAGGAGUGGAGACUUGAGGUACAGGUAGUUGUGCUGGAGUCGGGCGAAGGAGGUGUUUGUCGAAGAUGGAGCAAACAAGGUCGUGCGUGAAGGUCUGUUCCUGCUUGGUCUUACUCGACAUAGUUUGGGUCC